AUGCUGGGCUGGACGCUCCUCUCCAUCCACAACCACUCUAUCCUUAACCAAUUCUUCGCCAAUGUGCGCGCCGCGCUGGCGGAUGGCACGUUCGAUGAGAAGGCGAAGCAGUUUGCGCUGCGGUACGAGCCUGAUUUCCCGGAGGGAGCUGCGGAGCGACCGAGGGCCAGGGGGUAUCAGUAUAUAAGUGUGGGAGGGGACCCAAAAAGGAAUAAACCUGCUUGGUCGAAGAUGGAGGCGGAGAAGGCUGAGAGGGCGAAGGAGGAGGAGGGAGAGGGAGAGGGGGAGAAGGGGGUUGCUGCUGCCGGUGCUUAG